UAAUUAUGUCAACCACAAGUACAGUACUCUUAUUCAUAACUUCGGUAUGUGGUGUGGCUAUUAUUUCCAGUCUUCUUGUUGCUGGAUCAUUAUUCUUUGAAGCUCAAGGAUUUUUAGAGACUUCACUUGAUGAAAUUGAAUCCUUCAAGCACUACUCCGAUGUCGCAUGGAAAGAUAUGAUAUCAUCUAAUACAUUUGACAGAAAGAAAAGAGACGACGAAGAUAAGUCAUGUGGCUGCCCAUGUGCAAACGGUCCAAAUAACUGCCCUCCGGGAGAAGCAGGACCACCGGGAGCUCCAGGAACACCAGGAGCCGACGGAGAAGCUGGAAAUCCAGGAAAAGAUGGAGCUGCCGGAUCUUCGUUGGUAUUUGAAGAUGAGAAGCUUCCAUGCAUUAAAUGCCCAGCUGGUGAACCAGGACCACAAGGACCUGAUGGUGCACCAGGUGCACCAGGACCAGAUGGACAGCCAGGAGCUCCAGGAUCCAACGGAAAUCCAGGAUCUGCCGGAGAACAAGGAUCAGAAGGAGAACCAGGAGAUGCUGGAGCAACAGGAGAAAUUGGAGUUGCAGGAGCACCAGGAAAGAAUGGAAACCGUGGAUCUGGUGCUCCAGGAGCUCCAGGUCCAGAAGGACCAAUUGGAGAACCAGGAAAAGAUGGACAACAAGGACCACAUGGAGAUGUUGGAGGUGAUGGAACUGAAGGAAUUCAAGGAGCACCAGGAAAAGAUGGAGAAAAUGGAUCUGAUGGAGUUGCAGGAAGUGAUGGAGCUCCAGGAGCACCAGGACCAGAUGCUGCCUAUUGUUCAUGUCCAGCAAGAACUAAGCUUGUUUUUUCUAGUGAAUCUCCAUAAAUUAUUCAAUGUUUCCAAAUAUUUAAUUUAUCAAUUGUUAUUGUUUGCCAUCAAGUGUCAUUAAAAGAGUGAAUAAAAUUGUCUC